AAACUACAAAAGAUUCAAGGUAAAGUAUGCGAGUAGAGUUAAUGUUGAAUUAAGUCCGAUUUUCCGACAUCUUACUGAAUUUCUCCGCGACUAAUAAAAAAAAUGCAUAAUAGAGUCAUUAAAUUUUUAAAAUUGUCCAUCAUAACUUUUUUUAUAUAUUUGAAUAUGCAUUCUAAACAACUAUGAUUACGGAGUAGUUUUUAUUUGAUUUGUCUACAUGUGCCAAUAAAAGUUCACAAGCUAUCAAGUACAAUUAUAAAUAGUGUAUAUAGGGUUUUCUACUCUUUGAUGUGUAAAUAUUCUUUUAAACAAUUGUCUUUGUUUUUGUGAAAAGAUUUGAUAAAUUGUUGAGUUAGUAGCUAGUUAAACAUUGAUAUUUAAAAUCUAAGCGAGCUACUGUCAGGUGAAGAAUUGGAAGCUGUCAAGGCCAUGCACUUUGCAGAAAGUGAGCAAAAGGAUAUCCUAACUUGGCCUCAAACCAAGAAAGGAAACUUCAGUGCUUAUCACUUUGAAAUGCAGCGUCGAAAGGGUGGUAUUGGGACCUCGAAUGAAAGAGCAUGGGAGCUGACCAUGAUGUUUAUAUGGCAAGUGUCGCAACCUCUGGGUUCAUGAAAAGAAGAAAGUUGAGCCACACAUGCUCUGCACAAGAACUGUGAACCUGCGAAGGAGCGUGAGGUGACAGCUAUGAUAGCUCCUAGUACGGAACCACAAAUUAAAGGUGGCAACCCCCUCCUAUUGGAAGGAUGAAACUGAAUACAGAUGCUGCUACCUCCAAGGACGGGAUGAAUGGUCUUGGACUUGGAAUGGUGGUUCGAGACAAUAUAUGUAGGGGAUGUGUUGAUGUCUGCAAGACGAAGGCUAGAAGCACAAAUACCGACAACCCAAGCAGAAGCUACUGCUCUACUCUUUGGCCUUCACUAUGCUUAUGACGCAGGACUGAGAACACUGGACGUUGAGAGGAAGUAUGGAAAUGCCAAUGCCAAUGCAUGGAGCUGAGAUAUUGCACAGAUGUUUUAUAUUAUCGGACUCUCUCAACAAUUAUAAAUGGAACUGUAUGUAUUUGUUGUCCUUUAUGAUCAUCAGGUUUUACAAAGUAGCUGCAAAUGAUACUAUUAUCUGGUUUCAGCUUUGUGAUGGAAUGAUCUUCAAUCACGAUCCUCUAAGAUGUGCGGAUUGUUGGGAUUGUGGAGGCUCAUCACGGUGCGGAAUGGGUUGCAGUGCUCUUGUGGCACAGUACAGUACUGCAGUCACAUAUUUUGAAAAUACAAAGGACAACACAAAAGCUUCUGUUAUACUGUUAGAUGAUGUAUAUCACCGUGUGCCUUUGAAUUCUGGUCAUAUUUGAAAACGUCCUGAUUGUAUUCUUGUGUUCUCAGCAAGCCAAACCAUAAUGAUGAAGAUGUAUUUAAACGAUGAAAAUAUUGCUGAACAUUGUGGUGUAUAGCUUUUGCUACUUUU